CACAUUUCCCUCCCCAAUUUUAAACCCUUCUUUCUAAGACCUGAAAAAGAAGAGCAAAGGAAGGUCAAAAGAGAAAUCGAAAGCAACGAAAAACGAUAAUCAAAAGCAGAGACAGAUCAGAGAAGAAUCCGAGGGACAACGACGACGAUGAUGAGGUUUUUCAGAGGGAAUGACAAUUCCCCCUCCGACACUUCACACUCGUCCUACGCUCCCUCCGCCUCGCCGGGGCCGCCGGUGACCGGACCGGCAAGGCCGAUCCGGCUCGUGUACUGCGACGAGAAAGGGAAGUUCCAGAUGGAUCCGGAGGCCGUGGCCGCGCUCCAGCUUGUCAAAGGUCCCGUCGGCGUUGUCUCCGUCUGCGGCCGCGCUCGCCAGGGCAAGAGCUAUAUUCUUAACCAGCUUCUUGGGAGGAGUAGUGGAUUUCAGGUGGCUUCAACUCAUCGGCCGUGCACAAAGGGGCUUUGGUUGUGGAGUGCACCCUUGAAGAGAACUGCUCUAGAUGGAACUGAGUAUAACCUUUUACUAUUAGAUAGUGAAGGAAUAGAUGCUUAUGAUCAAACGGGAACAUACAGCACCCAGAUAUUCUCUUUGGCUGUCCUGUUAUCUAGCAUGUUUGUCUACAACCAGAUGGGCGGUAUAGAUGAGACUGCAAUUGAUCGUCUCUCUCUUGUCACUCAAAUGACAAAGCAUAUUCGUAUUAGAGCCUCUGGAGGAAGAACUACUGCUUCUGAACUUGGCCAAUUCUCCCCAAUCUUUGUUUGGCUUCUAAGGGACUUCUAUUUGGACUUAGUAGAGGAUAAUAGAAGAAUAACACCCCGUGACUACUUGGAGCUUGCUUUAAGGCCAGUUCAAGGUAGUGGGAAAGAUAUUGGUUCCAAAAAUGAGAUUCGAGACUCUAUCCGAGCUCUUUUUCCAGAUAGAGAAUGCUUCACCCUUGUGCGACCUUUGAACAAUGAAAAUGAUCUACAGAGACUUGACCGGAUUUCGUUGGACAAACUAAGGCCUGAAUUUAAAUCUGGAUUGGAUGCAUUGACAAAGUUUGUUUUUGAGAGAACAAGGCCAAAGCAAGUCGGUGCAACUGUAAUGACGGGCCCCAUACUGGUUGGUAUUACAGAAUCUUAUCUAGAGGCUCUCAAUAAUGGUGCAGUGCCUACAAUAUCCUCCUCAUGGCAGAGUGUUGAAGAAGCCGAGUGUAGAAGAGCGUUUGAUUCUGCUACUGAGGUUUAUAGGUCUUCUUUUGAUCGUUCAAAGCCGCCUGAGGAAGUUGCAUUAAGGGAAGCACAUGAUGAAGCAGUUCGAAAAUCCCUGGCUGCGUUUGAUGCUGGUGCUGUUGGUGGAGGUUCCACAAGGAAGAAAUAUGAGGGGCUUCUCCAGAAAUUUUUCAGAAAAGAAUUCGAGGAUUAUAGAAGGACUGCAUAUAUGGAGGCAGACUUGCGAAAUUCAAAUGCUAUACAAAGCAUGGAAAAGAGGCUGAGAGCAGCUUGCUAUGCUUCUGAUGCAAACAUAGAUAAUGUUGUGAAGGUUCUUGAUGCUCUUCUAUCCGAGUAUGAGGCAUCAUCCCAUGGUCCAGGAAAAUGGCAGAAAUUGGCUGUGUUUUUGCAACAGAGUUUGGAAGGUCAAGUACUCGAUCUCGCCAAGAAGUUAAUUGAGCAAGUCAGGACAGAGAAGAGUUCCCUCAUGCUUAAAUGCCGCUCCAUUGAAGAUAGGAUGGGGUUGCUUAACAAGCAGCUGGAAGCUAGUGAGAAGUAUAAGUCUGAAUAUCUGAAGCGUUAUGAAGAUGCUAUCAAGGACAAGAAGAAGCUUGCUGAUGAAUAUAUGAGUCGCAUAGCUAAUUUACAGGGUAGUUGCAGUUCACUGGAGGAAAGGUGUUCAAGCUUAUUGAAAGCUUUGGAUUCUACCAAGCAAGAAUCCUCAGACUGGAAAAGAAAAUAUGAACAGGUCUUAUCAAAGCAGAGAGCCGAGGAAGAUCAAUCCAGUUCAGAAAUUGCAGUUCUCAAAUCUCGAAGCAGUGCUGCUGAAGCAAGGCUUGGAGCUGCUCAGGAACAAGCUCAGUCUGCUCAAGAGGAGGCGGAGGAAUGGAAAAGGAAAUAUGAUAUUGCCGUGAGAGAAGCAAAAGCUGCUCUAGAGAAGGCAGCAGUUGUGCAAGAACGCACAACUAAGCAUACACAACAGAGGGAAGAUGUUCUGAGGGAAGAGUUCUCUUGCAAUUUGGCUGAAAAGGAAGAGGAAAUAAAGGACAAGGCAGCAAAGCUCGAGCAUGCUGAGCAGUGUUUGACUACUCUAAAAUUAGAGUUGAAGGUUGCAGAGUCAAAAGUGAGGAGUUAUGAUGCGGAAUUAUCAUCAGUGAGGUUUGAAAUCAAAGAGUUGAAUGAGAAGUUAGAUAGUGUAAAUGAUAAGGCCAAAUCAUUUGAGAGAGAAGCAAGGAUGCUGGAACAGGAGAAGAUCCAUUUGGAGCAGAAGUACGAAUCUGAGUUCAAACGGUUUGAUGAAGUAAAGGAAAGGUGCAACAUUGCUGAAAGAGAAGCCAAGAGAGCAACUGAAGUUGCUGAUAAAGCUCGGGCUGAAUCAGGCAUUGCUCAAAAGGAGAAGGGUGAGAUGCAGAGGUUGGCAAUGGAAAGAUUGGCCCAAAUUGAGAGGGCUGAGAGGCAAAUUGAAAAUUUGGAGAGGCAGAAGAAUGACUACGCAAAUCAAGUAGAGAGAAUACGUGAGUCAGAGAUGAAUGCCCUUUCGAAAGUUGCGCUACUAGAAGCAAGAGUUGAAGAAAGGGAGAAAGAAAUAGAGUCACUGCUGGCAUCGAACAACGAACAAAGGGCCACUACUGUACAAGCCCUUCAGAGUCUUCUGGACUCCGAACGUGCGGCACAUGUGGAGGCUAACAACAGGGCAGACGCCUUAUCUCUUCAGCUACAAGCUGCACAAGCAAAAAUAGAUAUUCUUCAGCAAGAGUUUACCAAAGUUCGACUAAAUGAAACAGCAUUGGAUAGCAAGCUUAGGACCGCUUCCCAUGGGAAACGUCCAAGAGUAGAUGACUUUGAAAUGGGUGUGGAAUCUGUUCAAGACAUGGACACAACUGACAAGAUGUUGAGAGCAAAUAAGAAGACCAGGAGCACCACUAGCCCGCUGAAGACCAUGCACUCUGAAGACGGUGGUUCGGUGUUCAAGGGCAACGAGGACAACAAUAGCCAGCAUAGCAAUCCGGAGGAUUAUACAAAGUUUACUGUCCAGAAACUCAAGCAGGAACUAACAAAGCAUAACUUCGGUGCUGAAUUGCUGCAGUUGAGGAAUCCCAACAAGAAAGAGAUCCUUGCUCUCUAUGAGAAAUGUGUCCUCCAGAGGUCAUGACAAGCUAUUCUACAGGACUCCUAUUGUAAAGGGUGUUGGAACUUGAUAGAUUAGAAUAGGGUGUAGUGGAGGAGUUGGUUUCCUCAAAUCUUUUCAGCGUGCUUAUCUAGGAUAACUAGCUAGUUUGCUUUUUCUUAAUAUCAUCGGGCCCUGAAAUGUGCAAAAUUUUUUAGGCUGGAUAUAUGUUAGUUCUUUGUCCAUCUAUAAUUUAUUCUCUCUUUUUUUGUAUUUUUGGGUGCUUCUUUAGGGUGGGCGUGUUGUUCUUUUGCCAUUGAACUUAUUUGUCAGUCUGAUGUGUGGUUGUUGAAGUGCCAAAUGGGUGGAUAUGCGUAUACCUCUUGUAUCAUGUGUUGGCCUAGUGGUGUUGGGCCAGCAUCGUUUAACUAAAUUUCGAUUUGGAGCAAGUAUGAAUAAUUUCAAGUGUGGCCUUUUUUU